UUUGCUUUUGACUUUUUGACAGCAGCUGAGGAAGUGAAAAGUGAACCGUAGAUUUGUUUUGUUUCAUAUUAGAGUAUGUGAUUUGUAAUUUUAUCAAAAUGUCUCUUAGGAAAGUUCUUUCCCUAACACGAGUGGCGUGUUCUAGAGCAACAGCUCUACAAUCUACGUUUUAUUCAAGGCAAAAUGUUUUCUUCCUCACUGCAAAUUCAACGAGAUACUAUUCUGAAAAGAAUAUAGGGCAACCAAAUAAAAAUGAAUCAGAGCCAGAAAAAGUUGAUAUAAUUGGUAGAUUAUUUCCAAAGGCGGUGCUAAAACCUGAAGAUGCUCAAGAAAUCAAAAAGGAGCAGGAAAACUUUGAAAAAGAGAAUAAAGAGAAAACCGAGGAAAAUGAGAAGAGUUGGAAGAGAAUGAAGAUUGGUUUUGCAGUGUUUGGUGGAGCCAUGACAGUAAUGGGAACUUGCCUGGUUGUCGAAAUGGGAGCACCGAGACAUGAUGAUGAAGGGAAGAUCAUUGAGGAUGAGUUUUCACAAAUGCCCAUAGUAUUACAAUAUAUAAAACGAACAUGGAAAGAGCUCACAUUUUAUGAGAGAAUGAUAAAAGAGCCGUCACGUGAGAAACUGUUACCGGAUCCCGUUCCACCUCCGUACCAGCCAACUUAUACACUAGUCUUAGAGUUCACAGAUGUCCUCAUGCAUCCAGAUUGGUCAUAUCAAACUGGCUGGAGGUUCAAAAAACGUCCCGGCGUCGAGCAAUUUCUCCAAACAGUAUCCAGUUCAAACUAUGAAGUGGUUAUAUUCACAUCGGAGAAUGUGUUCAUGAUCUGGCCGGUGUUAGAUAAGUUGGAUCCGGAGAACAAGUACAUCUCGUACAGGCUGUUCAGAGAUUCAACACAUUUUAUUGAUGGUGUACAUGUUAAGAAUUUGGAUGGACUUAAUCGGGACUUAUCAAAGGUGAUUGUAGUUGACUGGAACAAACAAGCUAUCAAGUUCCACCCGCAGAAUUCUCUCGUACUGAAGAAGUGGAAAGGCAAUGAUGACGACACCGCGUUGUUGGACCUCGCCAACUUGUUACAGACUAUCGCAAUGUCAAAUGUGACAGACGUAAGAGAAGUGUUGAUAUACUACAGCCAGUUCGAUGACCCCAUCGCGGCGUUCAGGGAGAACCAGAGGAAACUGAUGGAGCAGAUGGAGGAGAAGGAACGGGAGACGAAGAAUGCAGAACAACCCCUCACAAGGAACUGGCUCCGGAGCUUCACUAGGCGUUAGGUCGGCGAUCAUUAGAGCGACUUAUGAAAGUGAACGGAUGCUCUCCAUACCACUGGCGUAGGUUUUUGAGCCAAGACGUUCUUUGACCUACACUUCGCUUUCCGUCUAUGGUCUUGAGUAUGUUUUAUUUGAAGAAAGGCAAAUCAUCGAAUUGUUUAAUUCAAGUGUUACUAUUCUUUAAAAUGCAUUUUGUUGAUCUGUUAAUACUACUUUGUACAUUUUCUUCAAUUUGACAUGAUCUUCCCUGUGUAUAAUUUAAAUUUACUUGUUAUGGUUAUCACGAAGUUAUUUGUUUGUGUACUUAGCUUGAUUGUGUUGCGACUUGUCUGCGCGUAUGAUUCUAUGUUUAGUCAUUUUAGAUAGGUAAUAUAGUUGUUUUA